GCACCGACAGCUCAGAGAGAAAAAAGGUGAAGAAGAUGAAGAAGCUGGUGGCGUUUUUGCUUUUCCUGGUCCUGCUGACCGUUUACACAGAUGCAAACCCCAUCAUCAAGGAGAGCUUUGCUAAGCAGCUGCUCCGCAGUAAGAGGCAGGAGCGACCAAUGAAGGCCGGAUACCCCGACGAGCCGAUGAGGGAGCACAUGCUCCACCUGCAGGCUCUGGAUCAGAGGGCCCAGGAGACCAACCUGGAGAACUGGCUGAACCCUCACUGCCCCCCGCGCUGCGACAGGAACUACGGAUACCCGGUCUGAAGAUGGCAAAGGUCCCCAAAAAGGAACCACGAGUGACUCAACAUGGACUCAACAGUGACAAAAAGAAAAGAAAAAGAAAGAAAGAAAAUAUAUAAACUCUUUCCUUCAUCUCUGUUUCUUUUUUCUGCAAUAAAAUGAUAAUGUGAAGACAUGUACUGCAUAUUUACUGUAUUAUCUUGUAGUUUGCUGUUCUCAGUAGUUUCUUCAUGUAUUUUCUUAGUUGUGUAUCAUCAGAGUGAAAAUUGUAAACAGUGAAUACAACCAAAAAUAAAUAAAUCAUGGAUGCCUACAAC